UACCUACAGUAAGCGACAAGAGGAAGACCCUAUCUGUGAGACGCAUCUCUAGGACUAAUCUUCCCAAGACGCUCGAUUUUGUUUGUGUGAAAGCGAUUCGAUUGCACCAUGUUGCUGCUGGAAUCAGAUUCACAGAUGGACUGUUCCGACAACUUAUUUGAAGCCGGGUACGCAGUGAACUCCGGUGGGGACAGCUGGGGGCAGUCUCCCGCACAUCUAGCAGCUUUCGGCGGACAGGCCUUCUGCCUGCUCUGGCUCCUGCAGACAGGAGCAGACGCUAACCAACAGGACAUCUCUGGGGAGACGCCUGUUCACAAAGCCGCCCGAACUGGGAGCCUAGAAUGCCUCAGCGCUCUAGUGGCCAGCGAUGCCCAGCUUGAGACUUGUAACAACGAUGGCAAGACUGCGGAGGAUUUGGCGUGGCAAUACGGCUUCACAGAGUGCGGUCGCUUCCUAAGCACGCUGCGUCUCACGCGGCACCGCAAAGGCUGCAUUGGUGUGCCCGAGGAGAGCGCGCAUGUGGCGCGGUCCGAUAUGCUCAGCUGCACAGCGGCCGGACAGAAAAGGGCGCGGGUCAGUCCUGACGCCCAAGACGGAAAGAAAUCUCGUGAUUGGUGACACAUUUGACACCAGAAAAAGGGAAACUGAACAAGUGUCAGCCAUAGUAGCUCCGCACCACAGUCGAGGAAGUGUCACCCAGCGCCGCGGGGAAGGACUGCUAACUCACUCUCUACCCGCGCCGUCCGUGCUGGGUGCACUAUCAAUAAGGAGAUUCAAUCCCAUGUGAGGACGGACAACAUGUCUGGUUCUGAGAUGGGAUUUUUUGUGUGCAAAGGGGUGGAAAAAGGCGGUCAGGUGAAAGUCUAUGACAAGGUGAAGAAUAAGGUAGAAAUGUACGUUUAAUGGGACUGGAACAACUCAGGGAACAAGGAUAGGUAUUUUAAUAAUUACAUUUCUGCCUGUUGGCAUUUUACGGUCUGCUGACAGUAUCAGUGCCAGCUUACAGCUGGUGUCAGAGCGUCCAACCUGACCUGAAUGGAGAAGGCUGAAAAUAUCUGUACAGUAUUGUGAAAUAAAACAGGACUCUGUUUUUUAAAAAUA